AUGUCGGGUGGAAACGUCAGUUCCACGGGGACAUACAAAGGCUGCCUCACUCAGUGUAAACCGAAUAUCUUCACAUUGACUACAUCCACCAAAAGAAGCGUCCAGACCAGCACAUCCUGUUGCCACUCAGAGAACUGCAAUGCAAAUCUGACUUUAAGUGUGCCUUCAGUUAGUACUUUUGAAAAUGGGGUGAACUGCCCGGUCUGUGAGAAUUACAACAACAAGAGCCAGUGUGUGGGCCAAAAUGACAUCGCCUGCACGGGCAUCGAAGACAAGUGCAUCUCCCUUAUGGGGAUAUCUAUCGUCAAAAAGGAAGACAACUUCUCUAUCAAAGGCUGUGCUACCCAGAGUGCCUGUGAUUUGGAUGUGGAUGCCCUGGUGCCCUACGCAGGAAAAAUCUACAAGCUGACUAAGAAACCAGAUUGCACUAAUGCAGGAGUCCUGGGUGCCAUCUCCUCCCAGGCCACAUUUUUGAGUGCCAUCGUUGGCAUCCUCUUACUCAAUGUCCUCUCUUGA